AUGGGUCUCUCAUGGCUGUGCUUGAUUGCAGCCCAGGAUGUAAGCACGUUGGACGAUGAGUGCGCCAACAGCACCUGUGCUCUGAACGCUCUGCAAAUGCGACAGGGCUUGUCGCAAGGAACUGCGGUAUUGGAUGACCUGCUUGGUGCUUUCAAAAGCGAACGUGGCCUCCUCGUCCGAGCGACCGAUGAUUUCGCAACCUGGGGUCCGUGGCCCGAGUCAGCUUCUGCGCUCAGAUGGGACUUGCCACCAGCCCUGUACGCCGUGCGGAAGGAGACAGAGGUCACCGGCUUGGUUUUGCAGCCAAAGAUGGAAGUGGAGUGUGCCUACCCUGUCAACAGCAAUUCUAACUUUCGGCAGGAUGCGCAAGGCAAGAGGAACAGUUGUGGACGAACUACCUCCGCAGCAGGGGCGGGACGCAAAGCGAUCAGCAUGAGCGGUGCUUGUAGCUUUGCCUCACCACAAGACUAUGCCCAGGCAUAUUUCAACACGCCUCAGCACAAGAUUGAUCUCUUGGAUUCGAGCUGGUGGGACCUGAAUUCGGCAACUUGCCAUUUCAGCACUGUCUCAGAGGCCCUGGCGGCGCAAAAAGCUUUGUGGCAGCUUACUGCCAAGCUUCCCCGCGCCACCACGGCACAGGCAUGGCUCCGAAAUGCAUCCAGGGUGGGUUUUGCCCUCACGGCUUUCAACGAGAUCAUCGUGGCGCCAGUCCAACCCGGGGAUGUUCUUGCCGUGUUUUGGGCUCAUGUCGGCCCCUUCCGCGACCCGGGCCCAAGUGAUGCGAAGGCUUGUCUGCUCUCAGAGUUCCUGAAGACAAACAGCACCUGGCGAAUCAUCGAAGUGGCCGAUGUCAUCCUGGAAAGGCCAACCUCCAACUGCGAAGUGAAGUUCGAGUCCGGGGAUUCUUUCAUGGGCGAUUUUGCCACAAACUCCAGCUGCCUCCUGGGAUUCACGGAGGCCAUGAGGAGUUUGGAGCAAAAGGGGCCAGGUGAGGCAGCUCCCAUCUUUCGACAGCUUGAGGCAUCCGACUUUCUCAAGGCCACCCAGGAAGUUUGUCACAAUUGA